UCCAUUCAGAUCUCUCUGUUUCUUCUUAUUUCUACUCCAAAUCAACCACAACAUUAUCGCUUCUUUCUAUCACCUCUUACCUUCAGCCUCCACCACCUCUGCCGUCCACCACCUUCAGCUUGAGGAAGAAGAAGAUCUGGUUCCAAGAGACUUCAAUCUUGGUAUUCUAGGAGGCUUGAUUACAUCAAUGGAUGAGAAUGGUGGAGCCAAAUUGAAUGGCAUUCGUCAGAUUGUUAGACUUAAAGAAAUCAUCCAAAGAUGGCAACAUGUGACACUUGGGGCAAAAGGGAAUGAUGAUGAUCAUACUCCUCCUCCUCCUCCGUGUAAUCGUUCCGUCUCCGGAAUCAAUCCAGCAAUAAGCAUGAGGUUAAAGGGCUACAAUGUGUAUUCUGAUUCAGACAUUGAAGAUGGUUGUCAGAGCCCUGAUCUGCCAAAUGAUGUCCCCAAAGGGUACUUAGCCGUCUAUGUAGGCCCCGAGCUUCGAAGGUUCAUCAUUCCCACGAGCUAUCUUAGCGAUCCACUUUUCAAAGUUUUGUUGGAAAAAGUCGAGGAAGAGUUUGGAUUUGAUCACAGUGGUGGACUCACCAUCCCUUGUGAGAUAGAAACCUUCAAAUACUUGCUCAAUUGUAUGGAACAUCAUCAGAAAGAUCAUCCUGAAGCCACUGUUUGAGGAGUAAAGAUCAAAAUAUGGACUCAUUCUUGUGGUUAAAAAUAGCUUCUUCUCGUAUGAAGAUUUCACAUUCUUUUAUCUGUAUUUUUGUUCUUCUCUCUUUCGAAUUGAAAGAUAGUCGAAGAUAUAGUUGGUAGAGAAGUUGUGUG